UUAAAACAAGGAUAUAGUUGCGCAUGGUUUAUUACUGAUUAGUCACGUGCAGAUUCAUACGUUUUUAUAUGUACUCAGUCGUUGUAAGAUAAACGGAAGACUUAAUUGUUACUAAAUUAUACUUAUUUAGACGAUUAUCGUUAUAGUACCAUUAUUUCCUCCCAACCUUCAAAAUACUAACCUACAAACAUGGUGCUGUCAUGUCGAUUUUACAAAGAGAAGUAUCCAGAAGUAGAAGAUGUAGUAAUGGUAAAUGUACGCAGUAUAGCUGAAAUGGGUGCUUAUGUACAUCUAUUGGAAUAUAACAACAUUGAGGGCAUGAUAUUGCUUUCUGAAUUGUCUAGGAGACGUAUUAGAUCUAUCAAUAAACUUAUUAGAGUAGGCAAAACUGAACCAGUUGUAGUUAUUCGAGUAGAUAAAGAAAAAGGUUACAUUGAUCUGAGUAAACGUCGUGUAUCUGCUGAGGAUGUGGAGAAGUGCACAGAAAGAUAUGCUAAAGCUAAAGCUGUUAACUCAAUUUUGAGACAUGUGGCAGAAUUGCUACACUAUGAUAGUGAUGAUCAAUUAGAAGAACUGUAUCAGAAAACAGCGUGGUACUUUGAGGAGAAAUACAAAAAACAAAAAGCAUCCGCUUAUGAUUUCUUCAAACAAUCAGUAUUGGAUCCUUCCAUUUUAGCAGAAUGUGGUCUUGAUGAGCAUACAAAGGAAGUGUUAUUAAAUAAUAUUAAACGGAAACUUACCUCCCAAGCAGUGAAAAUCAGAGCUGAUGUAGAAGUAGCAUGUUAUGGUUAUGAAGGAAUUGAUGCUGUUAAAGCUGCAUUGAAAUCUGGCUUGGCUCUCUCUACUGAAGAACUUCCUAUCAAAAUUAACUUAAUUGCUCCACCCUUAUAUGUUAUGACGACAUCGACCCCGGAAAAACAAGAUGGCCUGAAAGCAUUAAAUGACGCGAUCGAAGUAAUCCGAGAUAAGAUUACGUCGCUCGGAGGUGUAUUCAACAUUCAAAUGGCACCAAAAGUAGUCACUGCUACAGAUGAAGCAGAAUUGGCGCGACAAAUGGAACGAGCUGAACUAGAAAAUGCAGAAGUUGCUGGUGAUGAUGAUGAAGAAGAAGUGGAAGGAAUAGAUGGUGAUUUUAGUGGUGGCGAAGGAGCUGAACAGAAUGACAAAUUCAGAGACGUGUCACAAGAAGAAAAUUGAAAAUUUAUAAAUAUAUAUAUAUAUAUACACAUAUAUAUAUAUAUAUACACAAAUAAAAUAUAAAUUUAAUUGACAGCCAGAUAUUUACACGGUUUUAUUCAUUAACAGUUACUUUAAUGAAUCUCGUCAUCACAUAUAUUCAGUCUAAUAUAAGAUAUUAAAAAUUUAAUUUAAAAAAUUAAAGAUUUAUUGUAAUUUCCAUAGAUUCGGAAUUUUUUACCAAUUUAAUGUGUAAUAAACAAGGACAUUCUUAUGCUCUUAAUAUAAGAUACUUCAAA